UCUCAGAUACCGAAUAUUUCAGAACACCGGUCAGGUCCUUGUAUUAAAUGUAAACGGCUAUUUCCGGGGAGAAUGGGCUGAGUGAUGCUCUGAUUUGCGCAUCUAUCUGCUGCAUGAAGCCUCGCUGAUUCUGAGCCCGUGUAGGUGGAUGAUUUCAGCGUAAUUAUUGAAGAGAUGUCUGCCGCAGAAGGAGCGCACAGCCCGGAUAGACUCAAUCAGUUUGAACGGCUGUCUGGAAGGCCUCCGUUAAGAGAAGCAGGCUCUAAGAAGAGAGUUUGCUGGCUACAUGCUCGAAGAAUCCUCGGCCAACCCUGCCCCAGUCUACGGAUCCCUAACAGGUUUUUAGGAGAAGGUCAUAGAGCCCCUCCGGCCCGUAGCGGCCAUCGCUGUGUGGCUGACAACACCAGCCUCUAUGUGUUCGGAGGGUACAAUCCAGAUUACAAUGAAUCAGGUGGCUCAGAUAACGAAGACUAUCCGCUGUUCAGGGAGCUGUGGAGGUUCCACUUUGCCACGGGUACUUGGCAACAAAUCCGCACAGAGGGCUUUAUGCCCACCGAGCUGGCCUCAAUGUCUGCUGUUUUGCAUGGAAACAACCUGCUUGUGUUUGGUGGGACUGGAAUCCCAUUCGGUGAGAACAAUGGAAAUGACGUACACGUCUGCAAUGUGAAAUACAAACGAUGGUCUCUCCUUAACUGCCGGGGCAAGAAACCUAAUCGAAUAUAUGGACAGGCGAUGGCCAUAAUCAAUGGCUUCUUGUACGUGUUUGGAGGGACGACAGGUUACAUCUACAGCACUGAUCUCCACAGACUGGAUCUGACAACACGAGAGUGGAAUCACUUGAAACCCAACAACCCUCCAGAUGACCUGCCUGAGGAGCGAUAUAGACAUGAGAUAGCCCAUGAUGGACAGAGGAUCUAUAUCCUAGGUGGGGGAACCUCCUGGACCUCCUACCCAUUAGACAAGAUACAUGCAUAUAACCUCGAAACAAAUUCCUGGGAGGAAAUCACAACUAAGCCUCAUGAAAGAAUAGGAUACCCAGCCCCUCGUAGAUGUCAUAGUUGUGUGCAGAUUAAAAAUGAUGUAUUUAUAUGUGGUGGAUACAAUGGUGAAGUUAUACUAGACGAUCUGUGGAAGAUCAACCUGCAGUCGUUCCAGUGGAAUAAACUACCUGCAUUGAUGCCUGAACCUGCGUACUUCCACUGUGCUGCUGUUACCCCGGCCGGUUGCAUGUACAUCCACGGUGGCGUGGUGAACAUCCAUGAUAAUAAGCGAACUGGUUCCUUGUUUAAGAUCUGGCUGGUGGUGCCCAGUCUGCUGGAGCUGUGCUGGGAGCGUCUGCUCAAAGCCUUCCCACACCUGGCCCAACUCACCCCGAUACAGCUGCUAAACUUGGGCCUUACCCAGGAACUCAUUGAACGCUUGAAAUGAAGAGGAGGGGGCUGCGAGUGAUUGAGUAUGUACAAUGUGUGUACCAUUUUAUUUUUUGUGGAGCUGAUGAUGGACAGGAUGACAACACUUGAGCCAACGUGCGGACCGAAAGAACGCGCGUGAUUCUAAGGAAGCCCAUCCUACUUUUGUAGGCCACCUUAAAACCAAAAACUGUAGGAUGCCUUUUGUUUUUUUUGCUUAUGCAUCUUUUUAAUGAUUUGAAAAAUAUAAAACAAAUAUCCAACACCGAGAGAUUCUUUUCUCAAACACUAUGGGUCAGUGACCACAAAAUCUUGUCUUUUUUUCUUUCGUGAGAUUGUAAUGUUAUUUAUUGGCCUUCUGUAGUUAUAUUGGGGGGCUUGUUGAAUUGUUUUUACUGAAGUAUCUUAAUUCUAUUUCUUUUCAAUCUAAGAGUUAUUUAAGUUUUAUGAAUCACUAUGAAAAUUUAUCACACCACAACGUGAAUAUUGUUCAGUUGGCAGUUGUGUAACUGAGGCUUAAUCUGCUUCAAUUUUUACAGUUUGCUGCUGAACAGUUAUUGGUGCAAAUUGUCACUGCAUAAAUAUUGAUGCCUGGGAUUACGAUUUAAGUUUUUAUUGAUUUGAGAAAAUGGUACAAAAUCAGUGCUGAACGAGUGUUUCAAAGUUGAAUGUUUUAGCAGAAUAAAAGAAACUUGGGCGAAUUUGGCGUUGCAUGUUCCUCUCAGCCAUCCAGUUUUGUAAACAAAUCGUUACAUCACUGUGAACAAGGUGCUCCUUAACUAACUUUUAAUGCUUUUACUGAAAUAAAAUCUGUUUGUUUUUCCUUACACUGAUCAUUCCUCAUCCAAAUCUUUAUUAUAUUUUACAUAUUUAAGCCAACGGCAGACACUCAUUUAAUUGAUCUAGUCUAGUGCCUUUCCAAGCAAGACCUGAUAAUGUGCUAAAUUUAACAGUGAUAUAAAGCCUUGCUCGAUACACUUUAUUAUUAUGAUUUGAUUCAAAUUCUGCUCCAGGAGAAGCCGACCUGAAGUGAAAAAAAAAAAAAAGUGCAAAUUUUUACAUAAAGCUUUCUAGCACUUGACACAUUUACAGUUAAUAAUUAAAAACAGUUAAUGCCUGGUCAGCACAGUGAUAAUAAUAUUGACAAAUCUUUUAAGCCUUUGUGUAUAUCUGUACAGUUUAGAAAAAAAACAGAUAAACCUAUGGUUGGCAAUAAUGUAGCCGAGCAUCUCUUUACUAUGCUGACCUGUUACAACUAAGAAUCCGUCUCUGAAUUACAAAAAAUCACUGCUUGAGAAAAGCCAAAUGCAGCAUCUUUGAAUUGUGAGUUAAUGCAUUUAGCCUUGUUGGUUUCCUUACAAUUAUGGUCCAUUCUAAGAACUUUAACUACAUUAUUAGGCACCAGCAAUUGAUGUUGAGUAAAAGUUUCUUAAUUGCCAUUUCAAUUUCUACACCCUCCGCAUCCUUAAAUAGUUAUUGCUAGAUGCCCUGUUUGUCUAUUUCUGUUUCUAUCAUGUUUCUAAGUAGCUUAUCUCUGGCAGGAGUCACAUACAUGCCCAUAAGAUGUGCCUGUUUACCCACUUUUUGCCCUUUUACUUCAGCAUUGCUGGAUUCUUGUUUGCGUGAGUCACGACUAAGGGUGCUUUGUCAUACAGGCACUGUGCAGACCAUGACAAUGACAAAACCAUUUCUACAGCACAUGUAUAUUUCACUCAGUCUGCAUUGAUGGACGAGAGUCCCUACAUUUCUGUGUUUUUGAGAUAAGGAGUCUCAUUGGACUUCCAUCUUCAAAUUGUGCAGCAAAUGUUUUCAAGGUACUCCGUUUUGUUUUUAUUGAUGGAAAAUUAAUAAACUUGUUCAAACCAGUGGUUGUUAUAUAUAUAUAUAUAUAUAUGUGUGGUUCAAAACAGAUGCAGUUCAAAAUCUAAUUUAGGCCUGGAUAUGUUUUUUUACACCGUAAAAAGGCAUAACAUUAUGUAAAAUGAAUAAAGAUUUUGCACUUUCUAGUUCACUAAUCAAAUGAGCAAUUGGUUACACUAACCAUGUUAAAAGAAUAGUUCACCCAAAAACAAAACAUUCUCAUUUACUAAGCCUUGGUGCCAUCUCAGAUGUGGAUGACUUUCUUCUGCACAACACAAAGAUUUUUAGAAGAAUAUCUCAGCUCUGUAGAUCCUUUCAGUGCAAGUGAAUGAUGACCAGAACGCCAAAAAGCAGACAAAGGCAGCAUACAAGUAAUCCAUACGACUUUAGUGGAUUCAUUCAUGUCUUCUGAAGCGAUCCCGUUGGUUUUGGUUGAGGGCAGACUAAAAUAUAAAAUAUACAUUUCUACUUAUGACAGGGGGAUUACCUUCACCAGCCCUCUUUAAAGUGUACAUGAAUGACAUUGUGUCUGAAUAACUAAGAGGCUGUAAAACUUGCUUUAUGAUUGGUAGCGCCAUACUGAAUCUCCUAAUGGACUCGGAACCUGACAAUAAAGUUGAACAAGCUCGACUACACUUGACGCAUGUGCAGAUCGCUAGAUGGCGCUAUAGGAAGUUUAAUCGAGCUUGAAAUCAUGAAUGCCAUUGGAGACUGCUGUCAAGAUGUACAGUGAAAAAGGGGAUAUAUUUUGGACAAAAAUAAGUCACAUCUGGGAUAGCAUGAGAAUGAGUAAAUGAUGCGAGUACAUUUUUCGGUGAACUAGCCUUUUAAAUUGUUCAAAAUGUUGCUUUUCUUGCUUUCAUAGAAACACUCAGAACUCUCUUGGCAGCAUCCUGAAAGAUGCACUCAGUAACUUUUGUCUUCGUGUCAUUUUGGACUAACACGGACACCUAGCGGCUUGCAGCAUAAUUUAUAAUCAUCAGUUUUUGGUUUAAUUCAGAUGCCAAAUUUACAUUCAGCCAC